AUGGCUCAGAGGCACAACGCCUGCGGGAACACGUGGGCUCUGCCCCUUUCCCCUGCCCGGGUCUCGCCCCUCCAGAACUGGAGCGACAUUCUCACCUUCGGGGGAGGGAGGUACUUCCUGCUUCCGGCAGCCAGCUUCCUGUUGGCCCUCCUCCUGGCUGACCCCGUGGUCCUCCUGGCCGUCUUCCGCACUCCCAGACUCCUGCAGGAGCCCCGCUACAGGCUGCUUGCCAACACGCUGAUCAGCGAUAUCCUGUACGCCCUGGUCACCUUCACCCUGACCGCCACCAACGUCUCCCCCAUCAUUUUUCCCAGCAUGCUGUGCGAGGCCCUGCUGAUGCUGCAGUGCGUGACGCAGUUCGCCAGCAUGCUCGGCGUCACCGCCAUGGGCGCCAACAUCUACCUGGCCGUCAACUGGCCCUUGCGCUACCACGCCCUCUUCCCCCCGUCAAGGGCGCUGCACGCCAUCGCCGCCCUCUGGCUGCUGUCCGCGGCCGUACCCGUCACCAUCCUCAUCCUCAUGGGGCGGAGCUGGAGCCUGCUGUGCGACAUGCCCGUCUGCACCCUCAGCAUGCUCUUCUUCCUGCCGCAGCCCAGCCCCGUGCUGCUGGAGCUCGACUACAUCGCCCUCAUGGUCUCCUGCACCCUCUGCUUCCUGCUCAUGUCCGUCUGCUUCUACCUGCUGGUGUGGAAGACGCGCAGGGCCGGGGUGUGGCAGGGGGUGCCCCCCAGGGCCAGGCAGACCAUCUCCGUCCACUCCCUCAUCUUCAUCCUCUACUUCCUCCCGUCCACCGUGGUCAUCGGUCAGAAGCUCCUCCUGACCCGCAAGGCCAAGGACACCGUUUCCUCCCUGUACGUCAGCCUGACCAUCGAGAGCGUCGUCAACAUGCUGCCCAAGGCUCUGACCCCGUACCUGUACGGCUUCAGGUGCGCUGAGCUGUCCCUGGCCGUCCGCAGCCUGUUCAGCGGCAGGACACGCGUUGUCCCCGGGGGUUAA